UCGCGCCCCAUUCGCUCCUCUCUCUCUCUCUCUCUCUCUCUCUCUCUCCACUAUCCUCCUCUUCCGCUUCGUUCUCCAGUAAGAUGGCGUCGCACAUUGUUGGAUACCCCCGCAUGGGGCCGAAGAGAGAGCUUAAGUUUGCAUUGGAAUCUUUCUGGGAUGGGAAGAGCAGUGCUGAUGAUUUGCAGAAGGUCGCCACAGAUCUCAGAGGUUCCAUUUGGAAGCAAAUGGCUGACGCUGGGAUCAAAUACAUUCCUAGCAACACCUUUUCCUACUAUGAUCAGGUACUUGAUACAACCGCCAUGCUUGGUGCCGUCCCUGAACGAUAUUCAUGGAAUGGCGGGGAGAUUGGUUUUGACACCUAUUUCUCUAUGGCCAGAGGAAAUGCCUCUGUACCUGCUAUGGAGAUGACCAAGUGGUUUGACACUAACUACCAUUUCAUUGUUCCUGAAUUGGGCCCAAACACCAAGUUCUCUUAUUCUUCUCACAAGGCUGUCUCUGAGUACAAGGAAGCCAAGGCGCUUGGAGUUGAUACAGUUCCAGUUCUUAUUGGACCUGUGACAUACUUGUUGCUCUCAAAGCCUGCUAAAGGUGUGGAAAAAUCAUUCCCUCUCCUUUCACUCCUCGACAGCAUUCUUCCCAUCUACAAGGAGGUUAUUGCUGAGCUAAAGGCAGCAGGUGCUUCGUGGAUCCAGUUUGACGAACCCACCCUUGUGAUGGAUCUCGAUUCUCACCAGUUGUCUGCAUUCUCGAAGGCAUACGCAGAACUCGAAUCAUCGUUUUCUGGUUCGAAUGUCCUCAUCGAGACCUACUUUGCUGAUGUCCCAUUGGAGGCUUAUAAGACUAUCACUGCACUGAAUGGCAUUUCUGGUUUUGGUUUCGAUCUUGUUCGUGGAACCAAGACACUCGAUGUCAUCAAGAGCGUGGGAUUUCCUGCUGGAAAGUAUCUUUUUGCCGGUGUGGUAGAUGGGAGAAACAUUUGGGCCAAUGAUCUUGCUGCCUCUCUCAGUGCUCUUGGGGCUCUUGAAUCUAUAGUUGGCAAAGACAAGCUUGUGGUUUCAACAUCCUGCUCACUUAUGCACACUGCCGUGGACCUUAUUAACGAGACUAAGUUGGACAACGAAAUCAAAUCGUGGCUGGCAUUUGCUGCUCAAAAGCUGGUCGAAGUUAAUGCACUUGCCAAGGCAUUGGCUGGUCAGAAGGAUGAGUCUUACUUCUCAGCAAAUGCUGCAGCUCAGGCUUCGAGGAAGUCAUCUCCUAGAGUGACCAAUGAAGAAGUUCAAAAAGCCGCUGCUGCAUUGAAGGGCUCUGACCAUCGCCGAGCCACAAAUGUCAGUGCCAGAUUAGAUGUGCAGCAGAAAAAGCUUAAUCUUCCAAUUCUUCCUACCACUACUAUUGGUUCAUUCCCCCAGACGGUGGAGCUCAGGAGAGUGCGACGAGAGUACAAGGCGAACAAAAUAUCUGAAGAGGAGUAUGUGAAGGCCAUCAAGGAGGAAAUCAACAAGGUUGUCAAGCUCCAGGAAGAACUUGAUAUUGAUGUCCUUGUUCAUGGAGAGCCAGAGAGGAAUGACAUGGUUGAGUACUUUGGGGAGCAACUAUCGGGCUUUGCAUUCACCGUUAAUGGUUGGGUGCAAUCUUAUGGAUCUCGAUGCGUUAAGCCACCCAUUAUCUACGGCGAUGUGAGCCGCCCCAAGGCUAUGACUGUUUUCUGGUCCUCAGCAGCACAAAGCAUGACUGCUCGCCCAAUGAAGGGAAUGUUGACUGGUCCUGUAACUAUCCUCAACUGGUCCUUCGUCAGGAACGACCAACCAAGGUUUGAGACGUGCUAUCAGAUAGCUCUGGCAAUUAAGAAAGAGGUUGAGGAUCUAGAAGCUGCUGGUAUUCAGGUUAUCCAAAUCGACGAAGCAGCUCUUAGAGAAGGCUUGCCUCUUCGCAAGUCAGAGCAAGCUUUUUACCUGGACUGGGCCGUUCACUCCUUCCGUAUCACCAACUGUGGUGUUAACGACACCACUCAGAUCCACACCCACAUGUGCUACUCCAACUUCAACGACAUCAUUCACUCCAUCAUUGACAUGGACGCCGACGUCAUCACCAUCGAGAACUCCCGGUCCGACGAGAAGCUCCUUUCGGUCUUCCGCGAGGGGGUCAAGUAUGGCGCCGGCAUCGGCCCAGGCGUGUACGACAUCCACUCACCCAGAAUUCCAACGACCGAAGAGAUCGCCGACCGCAUCAACAAGAUGCUGGCAGUUCUCGAGACGAACAUCCUGUGGGUUAACCCCGACUGCGGGUUGAAGACCCGGAAGUAUUCUGAGGUUAAGCCUGCUCUCACCAACAUGGUCGCUGCGGCCAAGCUGCUCCGCACCCAACUGGCCAGCGCGAAAUAAGCUGUUUCCUAUCUCUUUAAUACUUAAGAUUUCGUGAUUUCCUUUUCAAAAGGACGGAGAAAUUUCUCCAUUUGUUUCCCAAUAAAAUGGGUCUCUUGUAUCCUGCUGAUUGUUGUUAGUUAGAACGUUAGGUUUCUUUUGUUUAUAAAUCGUCGCGAUAAUCCGCCCCUUCUUGAGGUUAUUGGGAGUUGUUAUCUCUCGUGUAUUCUGUGAUAUUUCAAUUUGGUCCAUAAAUUAAUAGAAUAUUUGGCAGGUUCCUCUGUU